UGCAAAAUGAGUAAGACCCAGUACUAUUCAAUUGACGAAGUUGGUCACCAUCACAGGACAGACGAUGCCUGGGUCAUUGUGGAUUCUAGAGUGUUUGAUAUCACCCCCUUCCUGGAUACGCACCCUGGGGGCCUGGAGAUACUCAAGGAUCAUCUGGGCCACGAUGUGAGUACCAUAAUGAAGGAUGAGAGCUCCCAUCAGCACACUGGGCCUGCAUACGAAGUGCUAGAGGACUAUUAUAUUGGAGAGCUAACUGACGGGCAACUGCAUCAUAAUGGAGGAGCAAUCAAUGGUGGACCUGUGAACAGAAAGAAGUGGAGAGAGGAUGAUUUGGUAGACUGGUCAAAACCUAUCUUCCCUCAAGUGGCCCAGAUCGGGGAGCAUUAUGAAGAGUGGGUGCACUCGCCCGUCAAUCGGAAGUUAAGACUCUUCAACUCAGACUUCGUGGAGUUCUUCUCUAAAAGCCCAUGGUGGCUUGUCCCGUUAGUAUGGGUACCUUCCAUACUCUAUAUCUGCUGGCUGGCCCUAACAGCUGCGCCAACAUACGUGCCCACUUUGUCCCCAGCUCCGGCACCAGGACUACUCGAUUUGAUAUUUUUACCGUUGGGGAUUUUGCUGUGGACAUUUAUCGAGUAUUCUCUACAUCGAUUUGUGUUUCAUCUGCGAGUGCCUUACACUGGACUAGCUAGCAAGAUUCUGUUGCCAUUCCACUUCACAAUACACGGACAGCAUCACAAGGUUCCGUUUGACUCAAUGAGACUUGUGUUCCCUCCGUUACCAGCUGCGGCUAUAGCUGUCGUCGUUUACCUUCCUCUUGCUCACAUCCUUCCUUGUGAUCUCAACCAAAUGCGUCUCCUGCUAGCCGGUGGUCUCAUUGGCUACCUGUUCUAUGAUAUGAUGCACUAUUACCUUCACUAUGGCAGCCCUUCAGCUGGGGGCUACCUAAGUGAUCUCAAGUCCUACCAUGUGGCUCACCACUACGUCAACCCUGGUCUAGGUUAUGGGAUAUCGUCCAAAUUGUGGGAUGUCCCGUUUGGAACACUACUACCGGCGUCCAUGUUUCCUCAGAGGAAGAAAAGGGCUAACUAAAGACUAAAUGUUUCGUUUCUUUAUUGUAUUGUUUGUGGACAUACAGAACAGUUAUUAAUUAGUUGUUGUAGUUAGUAUUCAAUUAUUUGUUGUAGACAGGCAUUAUUUGCACAAAAUGAUGUUGACAUGUGUAAGAA